GUGAUGAUAUAGUGGCGGUGUACUGCCUGCAGAAAGGUUGGGGCAGCCACAGCGAUGAGGUCAAGAACAACCAGGGCGGGUCAGACGGCAGCGCUGGCGACCCGAGUGCCGUGCCAGGAGCCAUGCCCAUUGGUGGAGAGCUGACGGUGGGCGGGGCGGGGGGUGGAGCCUCGCACUCGCCCCUCCUCAACUAUGACCCCGAGUGCGCGCGCAUGGAGGCGUGGCUGGACGAACAUCAGGAUUUCGUUCAUGAUUAUUUUAUAAGGAAAGCCUCGCGGCACAUGGUGGACGCGUGGCUGGUGUCGCACGCCCUUCCUCAGAACAUGGGCGGCCCCGGCGGCGCCCUCGGCGGGGGCGCUGCGGGGGGCGGAGCCGGAGGAGCAGGAGGGGCGUUCGGCGAGGGCCCCAACGGCAGCGCGCUCGGGGGUCAGCCUCCAGGGUCCCGCGCUUCGUCAGGAGCCGCCACGCCCGUGAGGAAGAUCUCCGCCCACGAGUUCGAGAAGGGCGGCCUCUUGAAGCCCAUCGUGACGACCAUCGACGGGACGCCCACCUUCCUCUCGCCCGCAGCCGAUGCCGAGAACGUCGCCAUUCUCGCCAAGGUCCGGCGGAAGUCGCGGACGGAGCUGAAGGGGCUGGACGAGCGGCAGCUGAUCUUCGAGCUGGUCAAGGACAUCUGCAACGACCUGGACGUGCGCUCGCUGUGCCACAAGAUCCUGCAGAACGUGUCGAUCCUCACCAGCGCCGACCGGUGCUCGCUCUUCCUCGUGCAGGGGGACAAGGUGAGCGGGGGGAGCGCCUGGGGGGUGCUCUUUCGCGUGGGACGCUAG